CGGCAUACCUAGCCAGCUGUGUGUGUUGAACAUGUGAAGCAGCUAAUUAGCUAACUAAAAAGUCAGCUAAGUAAUAUGCAAAGGAAAUCUUAAAUUACUUGUGAUGGUGUGGUCAGCAGUAAACAUUACUGGAAGACAUGGAUCCGAAUAAACCACAAUUUCCUGGAGCCCCAGGUGCAAUCUGCACGCCAGAUGAAGCUCUCAUUGGACGUGGUCGCAGUUUGUUACUGCCAUUGGGGAAUGCAAGUUUUGGGAGAGGCAGGGGCUUCGAGCUCUUGGCUAAUGUACCAGGUGGUGAGUUUGGCAGAGGUUUGGCUUACCCAGACAUUGAACCCUCUGUUGGGCUUGCAAGAGGCCUGCCUUUGCCCUCAGAUGAUGGAGGGUUUGGUCGUGCUCGAGGGCUUUUUCUGUCAGCAGUUCAACCAUCAGUAGGGCUUGGCAGAGGGGCACUCCUUCCCAUGGAAUCUAGUGUGACGCCACCUCCCCUGGGUCAGCCCACUAAACCAGACUUGCCUCAAGGCAUGCCAUCACUACAAGCAGAAGAAGAGGAAGUGGCCAAGAAAAGCCAGGAUCAGGUCGCAAUGACAACUCCAGGCUCCUCCCUGGUGUCCAUGUUCAGAGGCAUGGGCAUUGAGUCUUCCAGGACCACCUGGGGAAGAGGGAUUAUGCCUGGGGUGAGCAGAGGUGCAGGAGGAGAUUUCGGAGUAGAACCUGUGAAACCCCAAGUGGGUGUAGGCGGCGCCAUCGGUUCCAGGGGAGAUGGACUACCGAAUGAGCUGAUGGGACGUGGUGGCAGCUGGCUGGGGCGAGGGCUCGGAGCAGGCAGAGCAACCAUUCCUGUUGUGGGAAUCGGGAGAGGGUCCACUUUGCCGUUCAUGCUCCCCCCCGGCCCAGCGGCCAUCGCUGCCGGCCUCAGCCCCCCCAUGACUGCAUCGCCACCCAAAGAACCCCCAGUGCCAACGGAGGCUUCUCCACCAAAAGGACCUUUACAGAUGGAGGCCACACGAGAGCCACUGCUGAAGGUCGGAACUAAGGGUAAUCCUCUAACUGUUGGUUCGAAUCACAUCCCAAUUCGGUGCAAGAAUGAAGCCGUGUACCAGUAUCAUGUAACCUUCACCCCAAAUGUUGAAUCCAUUGGAAUGAGAUUCGGCAUGAUGAAAGAACACCGCUCCACUACUGGGGAUGUGAUUGCAUUUGAUGGAUCAAUCCUCUAUCUCCCCCUUCGCCUCAACGAGGUGGUGCACCUGCAAAGUGAGAGAAAGACAGACAACCAAGAGAUCAAGAUUAAGAUCCAGAUGACCAAGAUCAUUCCCCCUAACUCUGAUCUUUGUCUCCCCUUCUACAAUGUUGUGCUGAGGAGGGUAAUGAAAAUCUUGGGAUUGAAAUUGGUCGGGCGAAAUCAUUAUGACCCCACCGUUGCUGUUAUUCUUGGAAAGCAUAGACUUCAGGUGUGGCCUGGAUAUGCCACCUGCAUCAAACACACUGACGGAGGCCUGUAUCUGUCUGUGGACGUGACCCACAAAGUGCUGCGGAAUGACUCUGUUCUGGAUGUCAUGCAUGCCAUCCACCAGCAGAGCAGAGAGAGUUUCCAGGAGGAGUGCACCAAAGAGCUCGUCGGCAGCAUCAUCAUCACCCGCUACAACAACCGCACCUAUCGCAUUGAUGACAUUGAGUGGUCAAAGUCCCCAAGAGACACCUUCACCCUGGAGGAUGGUACCCAGACCACUUUCAAGGACUACUACAGCAAAAACUACGGCAUUACCAUCAAAGAACAAGACCAGCCUCUCCUUGUGAAUCGCCCAAAAGAGAGGUCAAAGCCACAGGGAAAGGUUAUAACAGGAGAGAUCCUUCUGUUGCCGGAGUUGGCCUUCAUGACUGGAAUUCCAGACAAGAUGAGGAAGGAUUUUCAUGUCAUGAAGGACCUGACGCAGCACAUUAAUGUGGGUGGUGAGCAGCACACCCAGUCCCUCAAGCAGCUGCUCAUGAAGAUGAACACCAUUCCAGAAGCCCAGACGGAGCUGGCCCGCUGGGGCCUGGAGAUCACUACUGACAUCCUCAUGACUCAAGCGAGGACUCUGCCCCAAGAGACCAUCUGUCUGCAGAGGGCCUCCUUUGUACCGUCCGCUGAUGCUAGCUGGUCCAGAGAGGUGGUCAGAGAGGCCUCUAUCAGCUGUGUUCCCCUGAACUGCUGGGCCAUCUUCUACCCGCGGCGCGCUGCUAGUCAGGUUGAAGAGCUGGUAAACGCCUUUGGGAAGGUGGCAGGGCCUAUAGGCCUCAGGCUGUCCCGGCCCACGCACGUGGAGCUCAGGGAUGACCGCACUGACACGUACAUCAAAAGCAUCCACUCCCAACUCACCAGUGAUCCUAAUAUACAGCUGGUGAUUUGCAUUAUAACGGGCAACAAGGAUGACCUCUACAGUGCCAUCAAGAAACUGUGCUGUGUGCAGAGCCCAGUGCCCUCUCAGGCCAUCAAUGUGCGAACCAUCUCGCAGCCUCAAAAACUGAGGAGUAUCGCUCAAAAAAUCCUACUCCAGAUGAACGCCAAGCUGGGAGGAGAGCUGUGGUCUGUUAAUGUCCCAUUGAAACAGCUUAUGGUGAUUGGAGUCGAUGUUCAUCACGACACCAGCAAGAAAUACCGGUCUGUCAUGGGAUUUGUGGCCAGUCUGAACAGCACACUGACCAGAUGGUAUUCACGAGUGAUCUUCCAGAUGCCAAAUGAAGAGAUCAUCAGUGGGUUCAGAUCAUGCCUGCUGGGAGCCCUGCAAAAAUAUCAUGAGCAAAACCGCAGCUUCCCAGAGAAGAUUGUGAUCUAUCGGGAUGGUGUCUCCGAGGGUCAGCUGAAGACUGUGGAGCUGUUUGAGAUCCCACAGAUUCUCAAGUGCUUUGAGACAUAUCAAGACUAUGAGCCCAAGCUGGUCUUCAUUGUGGUUCAGAAGCGAGUCAGCACCACCCUGUACUCCUUCUCGGGCGACCGUGUUGGGGCACCUCCUCCUGGUACAGUCCUGGAUCACACAGUCACCAACAGAGACUUGGUGGAUUUCUACCUGAUGGCUCACAGCAUUCGCCAAGGUUGUGGCCUCCCUACCCACUACAUCUCUCUGUACAACACAGCCAACCUCACUCCAGACCACUUGCAAAGGCUGACCUUCAAGAUGUGCCACAUGUACUGGAACUGGCCUGGCACCAUUCGUGUGCCUGCACCGUGCAAGUACGCACACAAACUGGCGUUCCUCACUGGUCAGUCCCUCCACUCCGAGCCUUCCAUUAACCUUGCUGACAAACUCUAUUUCCUGUGAGCACUUAUGUGUGCAACACUAAUUUUAGUGUUGUUUCACGGUUGUGUCAGGAUUGUCAAAUGUACGACGUGAGCACCACAGGUGUUGAAAAUUAUGUAUGUUUUAAGUUUGCAUUUUUAUGAAAAUGAUUAAUCAGAAGCAGUAAUGUUCGUUUACUGAACUCAUAAGAUCCUCAGUUUAGUUUAACCUUUUUUUCUAAAUCUAUUCUUUUAUCAGAUUUGUCUCAACAGGCUUAAACCAGUUAUGUGUGGGUUUAUCUGUUGAAUGUUGGCUGUUCAGGUCCAAAUAAAAGAUUUGUAGAAAUGCUCUGAAGAUGUUUGAAGAGAUUUUUUGACCAGUAGCAUAAUUGAAAGUUCUGCCAUUAGGUGGCAGCAAUACAAUGAGGACGAUGGGUGAAAAAAAAAAAAAAAAACGGGUCAUGGAAUUUUCAUGGUGGCAAAAAUGUGUUUCUGCUAAAUUUGUAUUGGUUUUCUGAACACCAUAUUUCCAUGUCAGACUUGAUCAUUGAAAUGACAAAAUGUGCAGGAAAGAUUAGGCAUGUAAAAGCUUAAACAUAUGUAGCUCACCCCCUUACAAGUCCCAGUCCCAUAGCUAACAACAGGGGAACGCCUCGGUCCGGGUGGCCAUAUGAGCACCUGGUGCCAAGAGAGCAGGUCUUUGAGAAGAUGGUUAACAAGACGUUGACGAUGUCAGUCGGGGUCGGAACAGGUUAACGAGUUGGGUCACAACAAAUAAGAUCAGAGUGAUGUCUAAAUGGGAAAGGUCCAUCUCACAAAAGUGGGGACACACAUAUACAUACACAUAGAGGUUAUGUAAGAUUUGGUAAGAUUUAAGAAACAUCUGACCUGGAGGAAAUAUGCUGACUGCCAAAAUGCAUAGGC